UGUCCGCGCGUGUUUGUUGCAACCAAUAGACAACUGAAGAAGAGAUAGUUGCUUCACAGACAGACUAAUGACACUCGCGGUGUAUUGUUCGCUUAAUCCGUUUCUCUACUGGAUCCCUGUAGCCUACCAGCUGGUCUGUAUCGUCAUCCCGGGAACAGUGGCUGUCACUGUGGAUGCUUUGACUGAGAUUUCGGAUAGACCACCUAUAGGCCUAUAGGCUCGUUUCAUUCCGUUGAAGAGGUCCGAAAAACGCAGCCAGCCAGAGACGACGGGGCAUGUUGCUACACAGCUAAUAUUGACACGAUAGACCGAGUGAAGGCGAAAGUGAGAUGUUGUUCACACACUGACACAGAAAACAACACAAGGAACUGUACUAGUUUACUAACGGCAUCUCGGAGUCUCAAGAGACAAGAAACCAGCGGUGGAUGUCAGGUGUUUCUGAGCGUUAGUGUGAUGGACCACCAACAGUGUGAUGGAGGCCAAGUGUCAGAGAGCUGUGACUCACUCGGUAACGGGGACUCCUGGCCCCCACCUGCCAAACUGUCCCGCCUGGAGCGGAAUGGUGGCAUGGGCCCCCCAGGGCCAUACCAGGGCAGGACGAGACAGGGGAGCCCAGGGGCCAGAGCCCCCACCCCGGCCCCCAUACCCACGAUACCCGCACCACAACCUAAGAACUGGCAUAAGAGAGGGAGCCUGCUGCCUGUGCUGUGUGUGGUGGAACACAGAGAGAACCCAGUCUCGGCAGUGGAGGCUGAGAGGCGAGAGGAGCAUGCAGAGUUUGUACUGGUCAGGAGAGACCUGCUGUUUAACCAGCUGAUAGAGAUGGCUCUACUGGCCCUGGGCUACUCUCACAGCUCAGCAGCACAGGCAAAAGGUUUGAUCCAGGUGGGUAGGUGGAACCCUGUCCCUCUGUCCUGUGUGACUGAUGCUCCUGAUGCCACAGUGGCUGACAUGCUCCAGGACCUCUACCAUGUCACCACCCUCAAGAUCCAGCUCACCAGUUGUCCCAGGUUGGAGGAACUCCCUCCAGAACAGUGGAGUCACUCUACAGUGAGAAACGCCCUGAAGGAGCUACUGAGAGACAUGAACCAGAGCUCACUGGCCAAAGAGUGCCCUUUGUCCCAGAGUAUGAUCUCCUCCAUUGUAAACAGCACCUACUACGCAAACGUGUCGGCCACCAAGUGCCACGAGUUUGGCCGCUGGUACAAGCACUUCAGGAAGACCAAAGGCAUCAUGGAGAUUGAUAGCUUCUCUGACCAAUCCCAACUGGGCUCCACCCAUCUGACCUUUACCCAUCAACCAAUCCCAGGCAACACAGCCAAACAGGCCGACUCCUCGCCCCUCGUCUUCCCUCAUGGUCGUGGCUGCCUAGCCCCAAGUCUCCGCCCCCCAGGACUGGUGACCGCCCCCCUCAGCCCCCAUCUAGUCAACCCCCAACAGAUAGUCAUGGCCCAGUUCCUCAACCAGCAGUAUGCAGUUACCCGAAUGUUAUCCCAGCAGAGCCUGUCUGUAUCUGUCUCCACCUCCCCCCACCAGUUCCUCAACCACCCCUCUGUGGGGAGGCCUCCCACCUCCUUGGCUCUAGCUAAGGCCCUCGACCCCCAGCCCCAGGCUGGACCACCAGGACCUGGGUCUGGGUCCCAGAGCCAGGUGUGUGGACCAUCAGACAUCUACUGUGAGAUCUACCAGUGGGUGAGAGAGGAGCUGAAGAGAGCAGGCAUCUCCCAGGCUGUGUUCGCCCGCGUGGCCUUCAACAGGACCCAGGGCCUGCUGUCUGAGAUCCUGCGUAAAGAGGAGGAUCCGAAGAGUGCCUCUCAGUCUCUCCUGGUCAACCUGCGGUCCAUGCAGAGUUUCCUCCAGCUACCUGAGGGCGACCGCGACCGUAUCUACCAGGAGGAGAGGGAGAGGAGUCUGACCGUGUCGACCACUAUCACCCAUUCACCCAACAACACUACCCCACCAUUAAUAAGCAGAGGGGUGAAGAGUGAGGGAUGUGUUCUAGACAGAGGGGUGAAGAGCGAGGGAUGUGUUCUAGACAUCAACAGUUCUAUCUAUGAGGAGAUCCAACAGGAGAUGAAGAGAGCCAAGGUGUCUCAGGCCAUGUUCGCCAAGAUGGCCGCAUCCAAGAGUCAGGGCUGGCUGUGUGAGCUGCUGCGCUGGAAGGAGGAUCCGUCCCCGGAGAACCGGACCCUGUGGGAGAACCUGUGUAUGAUCAGGCGCUUCCUGAGUCUGGCCCAGACGGAGCGAGAUGCCAUCUACGAACAGGAGAGCAACGCUCUGCAGCAACACUGUACAGACAGACUGAUACAGCAAGUCAACAACAACACACUGCUCCAACGCCACUCCCCAUUGCCACAGCAACACCAUCAACGACUCCUGACCCCUCGGUCCCAGCAGCCCUUGCAGCCCCAGGCGGGGCCUCGCCUGCCUCCACGACAACCGUCCACAGCAUCACAAGCCGAGAAUGAGGGGGGUGGGGGCCAACUGAAGACCUGGUUGGGGGGUAGUAAGGUUGAUGGGAGGGUAGAGGACAUUACUGGUCUGGGCAAUAGGAGUAGGGCUGAGGGUAGUAGUGACAAGGAAGGGGGCGAGGGAGGUUGGUCGGGGGCCAGACAGAGUAACGGGGAGGGCAAUGGCGGGCGUAAUGGUGAGGGGUUUCGGGUGUCCCGGGAGGCGCAGGGGAUCCUGCAGAGCUUCAUCCAGGACGUGGGUCUGAACCCAGACGAGGAGGCUGUCCACACCCUGUCAGCCCAGCUAGGCCUGCCAAAACACACCAUCCUCAGCUUCUUCCAUUGCCACCACCACAGUUACACACACCAGAACCAUAGACAGGACUACAGUGAGAUCCACCACAACCAACUUCCCAGCCAGAACCACAGGGACCAGGACCUGCUCUUCUGUAUUGGAGCAGGCCCAACCCAGCCUGACAGAACUACAGGGGAGAAGGAAGAAGGAGGAGCCGUAGAUCCCACUGGACGGAUAGGUGGAGAGGAGGAGGAGGACAUGGAGGGGGAAGAGGUAAUAGAGUGGGAGGGGGGGAAAGAGUUGGAUGUGAGCACCCAGACUAACACCGUUAUCACCCUAAAGGAGGAGGAGCAACAUGACUCUAUCCAAUCACAGCCGGAGACAACCCAACCACAUGACUCUGAUGAAUAGCAUGGCCCCAACCACUAGUUGUCCCCUCUAACCCAAAUAAUAUUCCCCAUUUCUGAAGAACUGUAGUAAUGAUGUGUCAUAAUAGGUGAUUCCCUUAUUUGUAAUGAAAUAUUGAAAUAAAGGACUGUCUUUGUGAAAGGAAAUGAGACUAUGUAGUUACACAAGAUAUUUUAACUGUUGAGGAUCCCAUUUUAAACACUAUGCCAACAAAUGCCUUGUAGUAUGCGUCACUACCCACCUGGUCCUAUGGCUAGAUCGUCCUCUCUGGAUUCUGAUGAUACUGAAAUGUGAAUAGUUUGUUUUGAUUUCUUUCUCUGUCACCAAACUCAACUAUGCUUUCUUAUAUCUUUCUGUCACAAAGUCCACUUUUAUGUGUCUCUUUGACUGACGGUAAAAUCAAUUGUCUUAAGGUAUUUUUUGGUCAACAAUCAACAUAUUUGAGUGGCUUCUCUCAAAUUGUGUAUGCAAAUUAUUUCACUCAUGCAAUUUAAUACUUCAGUUGGUCAACUGUAGAAGAAAAGGCUAAUAUGCAAAUAAUGUGUGUGUAUAACUGCCUUUGAUUUAACCUACCAUCUUUGUAAAAAUGUAUUUGUUUUAAAAUAGUUAAUUCCAUCGAUUUAUGAGUAACUUGAUCGAAGUGGUUGUUUUUAACAUCUUUCAUAAUUUAUCUGUUCAGAAAUGCAAUGAAUGUGGAUGUUAAUUCAUUUUGUAUUUAUACCUGUGAUUUAUGAUUUGCUUCGUCACACAUUAAACACUUAUAAAAUGGAGCUACUGUU